GAUAAUUGAUCAAAAGCAUUCAAGGCAUCGCAUUAUAUUGUUGAAGUUGUACGAAAUUUGUGUUUCAAGAAAUGAAAGUGGACUUCACUGCUUUUUUGAUUGUCUUAAUAUUAUGUUUUACACUCAACUGUGUUUUGUCCUUCGAGUUGGAUGAGCCUAACGAAAAAUGGAAAAUAAUCAACUUUACCGACUGUUGGAAUGUUGCAGAAAACAAAUCUGUGCUCCCCGGACUUGUUUUUGACGAACAGCAGGAAAAUGGAAGUUCCACAGACUGCGGUAAAUGGGACCAUAAACAAAACGAUACAGGCCCUCCGUGGCUGCUUUAUAUGAUUGACCGAGACGGAAAUUUUUUUGACGGAGUCAUUGUGUCAAAAAAGACGAUCAUCACAUACGGUUUUGAUAAACUGCGAGGAAAUUUCAAGAACAAAGAAAACAUAAAAAUUUAUGGAGGACAAUGCGAUCCUUCUAAUAAUUUAUCUAGCUUGUGCUUCCUGAAACGAAAUUUGCUACCAACAAAGGUGAAAAUAUUAGAAAAAGAGGCUAAUUUUUCCACGUUUUCUCUUUCUUUAUUAAAGCUGGAAAAUUUUCAAGAGAGAACCAUUAUUGUUUUGGAGAUUCAGGAUGUCCAGUUUUCUUCGAGUUUAAAGCCAGUCUGUCUGUGGAAUCGAGGAAACCAGAAUGAUGCAUCGGAGAUGUUUUUUGCUCAGGACCAUUCAACGAGAAGCUUGGUGGAAGCAAGUUUCCUGGCAGAAGAGAAAUGUUUCAACUUUAAAAUAUCUCAGAUGGAAUGCGACCUCUACGGCAGCACUAUUUGUAUUGGACACGAAAAAUUGAUUCAAAGUGGGUUUUUGCUAAUAAAACGAGACGAUCGAUUUGAUCUGAGGGCAGUUUCCGAUAUGAACUUUGAAACGCGCUCUCGUUAUUUUGAUCUGCUCCCAUUCUUCAGGAAAAUCUUUGCAGAGUCGCGUGAUAUCAAAAUCCUUCUGGAGAUUUCUCCUCCACCUAAGAGGAUUGACUUUGGCGACAGUCAAAGUUUUGAAGAAUGUGGAAAAAUAACUCGUCGUCCGAAAAGAGACACAGCUGACGAUAUUGAGUCUCUGCCUUUCAUUCACAAUGGGAAUAAUGUGACCACCAAAGGAAAAGAUCCGUGGCAUGCGAGUUUGACCCUUCACACUACAAUAGGACCUAUAUACGAUUUUUGCGGCGCGACUUUGAUUUCAAAAAGAGCCUUGGUGACAGCGGCGCAUUGCCUUUACGUUGUCGGUAACAAAAGAAUUAAAGAAGCACAAAUGAUUGAGGUCACACUUGGAAUGUUAAAUGCUCUAGAAAUAGAAGAUUCGCGGCAAUUCAUGCGAGCAAAAUAUUACCAAUUGCAUCCAAAGUACAGACAUAGGCAAGGAACGUUUAAAAACGAUAUUGCUUUGAUAAUUGUAGAAAAUGACAGCAUCAAAAUAACCGAGUUUGUUAAACCCCUUUGUCUGUGGAACAAUGAAUAUGAGCUGGAAAAAAUCAUCAAUAUGCCUGCCAAGGUGGUUGGCUGGGGACUGACUGAAGAGCACAUCCAGCCAAACAUUUUGCAAGAAGCGAGUGUCAAAAUCGUUUCCUACGAAGAAUGUUUGAAAAAAGAUCCGUCGUUUUAUUCCUACAACCUGCGCCCAAACUUCAAUUUUUGCGCUGGCGCUCCCGAAACCGGGACGAAUCCUUGCAAGGGUGACAGUGGUGGUGGCCUCGUCAUGUACAACACUCACCUCGGACGCUUCUUUCUGCGCGGCGUGGUCAGCUCAGGAAAGUCUAGGAAGGUAAUUUUGGCCCGAGACGCAGACGUGGAGGAAAUCGCAACCUGCACCCCUGAUGUAUACACACUUUUCACUGAUGUGACGAGUUACAUACAGUGGAUCAUGGAGAAUGCACCGGAUAUAAAUAAAGGAAAAUUGCAAAAUUAAUGCGCUGGGCCCAAAAACGAUUAAAGUGAAUUAGAAAAAUUCACAUAAUAUCACAAUCAUGUAUCUUUUCCUUAAAAAAGACAGGAAAUAUUGUGAUAGAAAAAUACAGUCUACAGAAUAUAAAUUUUACCCUGGAUGUAAAAGAAUAAAAAAUUAAAUAUGAAUUUACCAACUUUGUGG